AUGCAUACUUCAAAGAGACCCAUCCCUGCGUCUCUAUUGGCAAAACAAGCUAAUCGGUUAAAAAAUGGACAAAAUGAUAUGGAUACAGUGACACCAGUUGAAAUGGAAAACAUAUUAUCAAACUCUAUGGAUGAUAUUUUCAACUUGUUUAAACCUAAUGUGAUGACGGAAGAAGAUGAACAAAAAUCUAAAGAAAUGUAUCAACAAACAUUGAAACAACAUUUUCAAAAUGGUGAAUUUGAUGCUCUUUUAGUGAAACAAUUUGGUUUACAAGGUACACAAUUGAAUACUACUGAAUUAAUGUCGAAUUUUAAAAAGUUACAACCUUUACAAUUGGAUUUAAUAAAAUAUUCAAUGAAUCAAUUGAUUGAUUUCAAAAAAGAUUGGAAUUUAAUGCCUAAUUAUUUAAAACAGUUACAAUAUUAUUUAUCUUAUGGGAAUUAUGGACCUAGAGAACAUUAUAACGAUUUUUCAAAUAAAUAUGAAAAAAUCAAAUUUAAACUUGAUCCAUUAACAAAAGUAGUAUUGAUAAUAUUCACAACUAUAACUACAACUGCCCUGAUUAAACCAAGACGUAGCUCCAGAGAUGAUCAACCUAUUUAA